UCACAGUCACAAGUCAUGGAAGGAAUCUUGCUUCUGCCAUUGCUUGCUCUUCUUCUGCUUAUGUUCCUGCGGAGGAAAAGCAACUCCAAAAAGGAACCCCUCCUUCCAGAAGAUGAUGUACGGGACAACAUCUACUAUUAUGAUGAGGAAGGCGGUGGAGAAGAUGAUCUGGACUUUGAUUUGAGUGUGCUGCACCGAGGCCUGGACAACAGACCAGAAGUGUUUAGGAAUGAUGUGGCGCCCACUUUCAUGCCUGCACCUCAGUACAGACCUCGACCGGCCAACCCUGAGGAGAUCGGCACAUUCAUUGAUGAUAACCUGAAGGCUGCAGAUAACGACCCCACAGCUCCUCCCUACGACUCUCUGCUGGUGUUUGACUAUGAAGGAGGAGGAUCAGAUGCAGGUUCACUCAGCUCCCUUAACACUUCCAGCUCAGGAAACGACCAAGACUAUGACUUCCUCAAUGAGUGGGGCCCACGCUUCAAGAAGCUAGCAGACAUGUAUGGAGGAGGAGAGGAUCAAGAGGAAGUUUUUUUUGGUUCAAAAGGCUUAAUGAUUUAAGUGCAAAAUAUGACACUCUUUUAUAGUUCACUUUAUGGUGUGGAAAGUCUUAAAGUUUGAACUAAAAUGACAGCACUGUUCAUACAACAUAAAGAAAAGAUCAUUUGACUUGAAGUUUUUUCUUUUUAUGGGAGCAGUCUGGACAGGAACUUUUUUCACCGUAAAUGAAACUCCCAAGCAAAGAGACAUUUGAUAUUUGUUGCGAUGGCUCAGUCGGAAGAUGGUGUGUUACAUCUUUAAGAAGUUUGUCCAGAAUGUAUUUCAUGUAAUGAUUUUGCAAAACUUUUAGCUAUUUUAAAUUUCAGUACUCUGGCAUUAAAGAAAAAUCUAAGGCUCA